UGUAGAUAAGUGCGGUCACACUAUCUUAUAAUUUGUAAACAUUUGCAAAAAUGACAACAAAAAACCCGGACAACUUAAGAGAACAACUAAUAGCGGCUGUGCUAAAAAAGAGAAAAGCCUUGGCUCGAGCACAGGAAAUAGUUGUUAGACUCAUUGAGCCUAAUAUUCAACAGGAUGAGUUUCUAAGCCUGCUAUCUGAAAUUGAUCCCCAUAACUAUGCAGAUAUUGUUGAAGAACGUUCCAUUAAUAAACUCUGUGGCUAUCCGCUUUGUUCCACAGCCUUGGAAAAUGUUCUGUCCCAAAAAUAUAAAAUUUGUGGACGCCAAAAUAAGGUCUACGAUAUUACGGAGCGUAAAAAAUUUUGCUCAGGUCAUUGCUUUCAGGCAUCCGAAUAUAUUAAAUCCCAAGUUCCUGUGUCGCCUCUGUGGCUACGUGACAAGGAAAUGAAAACGAAAUUUCAACUUUUAGCUUAGUUAAUGUAUUUCAUUUAUUUAUAUU